AUGGCCAACAAGGUUAGAUCAAUUGAAAAAGUCAUCGAGGGGAUCGAGCAGGAUGAAGGUGCUGGUGCUCGUGUGCGUCGACUGAUUGGCAACAUGGAGAGACGCAACUUCAACCCGUUCCUCAUGUUCGAUCACUUCAAAGCUAAGGGUGCUGCUGGCUUCCCCGAACACCCUCACUACGGUAUGGAAACCAUUACCUAUUGUGUCAAUGGCGGUAUUGCUCACGAAGAUUUCACUGGCAAAAAGGGGAUCAUCUACCCUGGUGAUUUGCAAUUUAUGACUGCGGGUAAAGGAAUCGUGCACUCUGAAAUGCCCAUUGAUGGGCCCAAUGGCGAGCCCGCUGAGUUGCUUCAGAUGUGGGUGGACUUACCCGCGAAAUUGAAGGAGUCCCCCCCUCGUUAUCGUGAUUUGAGAGAAUGGGAGAUUCCUCGUUACGAGUCUGACGACGGCAAGCUCUUGGUUAAAGUGGUAUCGGGGAAGUCCUAUGGCGUUGAAUCGUUGCACAACUUGGCCUAUACUCCCGUCCACUACUACCAUUUCAUCUUGAAGAAAGGAGCGAAGUUUUCUCAGGAAGUUAUCCCUGAGUGGAACUACUUCUUAUACGUUAUCAAGGGUAAGGGUCUUGAUCUCAACGGCACCAAGGUUCAUCAAUACGAGAACGUCUUCUUCAACCGUGACGGUAACUACAUUGAAGGCGAGCAAACCGACGACGACACCGUCGAGUUCAUCAUCGUUGGUGGGGAGAUGUUGGAUCAGACGGUAGUCCAACACGGCCCGUUUGUGGCUUGCUCGAGAGACAAGAUCAUGGAGGUCUUCCAGAAUUACCAAUAUGCACAAAACGGGUUCGAGAACCGCAAGUCGUGGAAGACCCUCAUUUCCAAUGGGGUCACCCAGGAUAUGGUCGACAACCAAUUGGGUGGGAACUUGCAAGAGCGUGAGAAGACCCGUAAGGAGUUCCUUGCCAACCAAGCCAAUAAGAACGUCAACGACGAGUUAUAA